AUGUCCAGCGCUACAAGUAAGAUUUUGAACCUAGAACCAUCGGAGUUGGAGUUACAGGUUGCUCAAGCCCUCAGUGACUUGGAGGCUAGCUCUCCCGAUGUUAAGGCUGAAUUGGCUCCUCUAAAGGUGAAGUCUGCCAAGGAGAUCGAGGUUACCGGUAACAAGAAGGCCAUUGUCAUCUUUGUUCCAGUCCCAUUGUUGGCUGCUUACCACAAGGUUCAAAUCAGAUUGACCAGAGAACUGGAAAAGAAGUUCCCAGACAGACACGUUGUCUUCUUGGCCGAGAGAAGAAUUAUUCCAAAGCCAGCUAGAAACACAAGACAGAGUCAGAAGAGACCAAGAUCUAGAACUUUGACUGCCGUUCAUGAGAAGAUUCUUGAGGAUAUGGUUUUCCCAACUGAGAUUAUCGGCAAGAGAGUUAGAUUCAUGGUUGGCGGUAACAAGGUCGCUAAGGUCUUUUUGGAUUCUAAGGACUCUUCCAACGUUGACUACAAGUUGGAUACUUUCCAAUCCAUUUAUCAAAAGUUGACUGGAAAGCAGGUUGUCUUUGAGAUUCCUUCCAAAAUAUAA